AUGAAGAUAGCUUCUAUCCUUGCCCUGCUAUUGGUGGGCGGCCUUCAAAAGCCGAACGCCCCCUACCAUGAGUUCACGUUGACACCGGAUUCACCUUACGCGACCCUCGACUAUGGGGCUGAGGUGGCCGGUUUCCCUACCUUUGAGAUCACCAAUAUCGACGGCCCGACACAGAUUGAGGUCAAGUACAGUGAACAGCAUAGUGGAUUAGCCGAGCCUUUCAGCGACGGUCCCAGCUUAUUUGUGGCCAGUCUCGCCAACUCCUUCCGCGUGGAAACCUUCAACAUCACCAGUCCUGGAAAGUUCAGUUCCGAGCUCUUGCAGGGAGGCCAGCGCUGGCAAAGCAUUCGCUUGCUUACCCAAAACACGAUAACAAUCCGAUUGGUGUUCUUUAAGUCAUCCGUCGGUGCGGUGGACAUUGGCAAUAUUCCUGGCUCAUUUCACUCGUCAAACGAACUGUACAAUGAGAUCUGGAAUCUGGGUGCUCGUGCAGUCUCACUGGCAUGCUUCGACGCAGGGUCACAGAAGCCCACCAUAAAGGUCAGUCGCCAAGGAUCCAAGGUGUCCAGCAGCGUCCCCAACUACUCGUCUUCAACCUACAACUUCACCGAAUACGACAUGGAAUUCGAUGCUAAGAUUGCCCGAGGAGGUUUUAUCUGGUCAGUUGGCUACAAUUUUGGCAUUCGUUCUUCGGGAGGCGUUCUCAUCAACUUGGCCGGCAACUACCCAGAAGAGAAGACAUACGUCAACACAAACAAGACACUUUUCCCCCCAUCCACCGUCACCCUGGCCCAUGGAGUGAACUUCGUCAACCAAACCACAUUGACAUCCUACAAAUUGGCCUCAUUUCAGGUUCCAUUCGAUGUAGAAGAAGACGUGUGGUACCGAAUCUCUACUAGUGUUCGCUCCGGACGUUUAUCUGUCAGCUUGAAUCAGACAGAACUAUUCAAUGUCUGCUUGUCUAGCUAUUACGUUGGCGGAUCAUCAAUCUCAACCUCUGGUGCUUUUGGCUUUGGCGCAUGGCAAGAUCAGUCUGCCUACAUUCGUGGAGUCUCCGCCCGUGAUACCUCUGGUAAUCUGAUCUACCAGAACUCCAUGACGAACGCCACCGCUGUUCUCCCUGAGUACGGUCAGCAUGAGAACUAUUUCCCAACUUGCGUGGAUGGCGCUAAGCGCGAUCGUUUGGCCUGGCUUGGAGACUUCCUGCAUACCACCAGAAUCAUCGGAGUCACAACCAACCGCAGCGAUCAUAUCACUGGUACCUUCAAGCUGCUUUUGAGCGGUCAGCUUUCCACCGGCCAGUUGCCCAUGGCCCCAUCCCUUGGCUAUUUACCAGACAUUGCAUCGGAGACAUUUGCAGUCAGCGGUGUCGCGUACCUGCUGCCGGACUACCAGAUUCUCGCCCUGAUCUCUUUUUCUUCUUACAUGGAGCAAUCCAAUGACACUGCAUUCGCCCGUGAACACUGGACUGGGUGGAAGGCUGCCGUCAAUUGGCUUGCAGAGUAUCGCAGCGACUCUACUGGACUCAUUGACUUUUCGCUGUUCGGCAAUGCCUUCUUGGGCCCCACUAGUGGCUCAGCCGUCAAUGCCGCCUCUGUCGAGGCAUUCAAGGGCAUGGCCUCUGUUGCUUCAGCCAUCGGAGAUGCCUCAUCGGCUAAGAAGUGGGCUCGAAUCGCUAAAUACCUCCAAGCAACUCUCAAUACCAACCUGUGGAGUGAGGAAUAUGGCGUCUACUCCAUCCAAGAGUCGCAACCCGGGAACUUCUCUCUUUCCGCUCUCGGCUUCGCCAUCACAUCUGGAUCAGCCAAUACCACUCAGAUUAUCCGUGCAUUGUCUAAACUACCUUCUCUUAAGCUGGGACCGGGAUAUCGUGACUCGAGUCUGGUCGUCUCAUCAGAUUCGAGCGCCAAACUGUCACCCAAUACAAACGGUUUCCUUCUCUCAGCCCUGCUACAGCAAAAGCAGGCAGCUCCUGUCGCGUUCUUGCUGAAUAAUCUCUGGGGUGCAAUGGUCAGCAAUGACUCCACCAAAUCGGGUGCUACCUGGGAAUAUGUGAACCAGAAAUCCCAGCCAGGCUAUGGCCAGUUUACCUCUCUGAGCCACCCUUGGGGUGGAGCUGCGACAUACGCACUUACCAACUAUGUAGCUGGUAUUCGGCCGGUUAGUUUUGGAUAUAAAUCGUGGAUCAUGGAGCCGGCCUACGCAGGAUUUGAAUUGGAUGAAGUCAACGCCACGGUACCCACACCCCAUGGACCUUUGAGUAUUGCCUGGACGGCGAAGAGCAGUGUUGUCACGGUUAUCAUCGAUGCUCCGGCGGGAACAACUGGAAGGCUAGUCUUGAGCAAGGACUGGGCGUGUCAGGGUGGAUUAGUGAGCCAGAACUGUGCCAAGGUCAAGGACUUCGUUCGUGAGAUUGAGGGAGGAAGUGUACAGCACUUCACUCACCAAGUUAAGUCUGAGUAA